UGUUCCAUAUGUUUUACUAUUUGCUCAUGUUAGGCAAUGUCAUGAUUCAGUUGUUAGUGUUGUAAGUCACACCACUCUGAAUUUGAACCCAGAUAAUCUGAAGUUGGUCAUCCUACAAUAGACUGAGAUACUUGCGCAAGAUCAGUUGACUGUAGAGCUAUUACUAUUUGUUUUUUGUUUUAACUCAUGAAGAUUGUGUUUUAUUUGUCAACGACCAAGUUUUAUGUAUACUGUAAAGUGUUUUUCUGAACUUCAGGUUACAUCGAAGUUCAGAACAACAUCUCAACUAAUUUCCCUUCAGAUCAAAAUAAAGUUGUCAUUUAUCAGAGGCUAUUUGGGGACCUUUGCUUCAGUUACUGGCAUUUUGCUGAAUAACUCUGGUGGUCUCUUAUCUGGUACAGUCAUUGUUUUAAAUUAACCGCAUAGUCACAUGAAGUAUUGUAAUCACUAUAGUUUGUAGAAUUCUUUCUGCAGUACUUAUUGGUGUGGUUUUCUGACAUAAUUUCUGUAAAACUAACUUAAUAUAAUAAUUUGUUGUCAUAAGUCAUUCAUAUCUGUUUAAAAAUGCAAGGUAUGCUUAAAUAUAGCACACAAUUGUUUGAAAUAGUAGCAUCCACUUGGGAGGCAUACAGAGAUGGUCAAUGGUUUGGUUGUAGCUCUUUUAUACCUUGCUUUCAAUGUCAUUUCUCCCUGAGCGUGUGUCUUGGGGAGUCUUAACAGCAACAGUGUCACUGUGUUGUAGAUGAGAGAGAAAUAAACAACCUCUCGAUGGAAAUAUGACCUAGUGAGGCUUCAAGUUCAAAAUGUGGACAGACCUCUGUACCGUGGGACAUAUCACUGCUUCCAGUCAAUUAUUCGGCAGGAGUCGAUGCUCGGUCUGUAUAAAGGCAUUGGCUCUCCAAUGAUGGGCCUGACCUUCAUCAAUGCCAUAGUUUUUGGUGUCCAGGGCAACGCCAUGCGCAAGCUUGGCCGCGACACACCUCUCAACCAGUUCCUGGCUGGAGCCUCUGCAGGAACCAUCCAAUGUGUCAUUUGCUGCCCAAUGGAGCUGGCGAAGACACGCAUGCAGUUGCAAGGGACUGGAGAGAAGAAGUCUAAGAGGAAGCUGUAUAAGAACUCCCUGGACUGUCUGGUGAGAAUCUACAACAAGGAGGGAAUCCGAGGUAUCAAUCGCGGCAUGGUGACCACCUUGCUGCGUGAGACUCCUGGUUUCGGUGUGUACUUUCUCGCUUAUGACAUGUGGACACGCUACCUUGGCUGUGAGCCGGAUGAUCCUUACAUGAUCCCCAAGCUGUUGUUUGCUGGUGGAAUGUCUGGCAUCGCUUCCUGGAUCUCCACCUAUCCCGUGGAUGUGAUCAAGUCGCGCCUUCAGGCGGACGGGGUGGGCGGUGUCCACCAGUACAGUGGCAUCAUGGACUGUGUCAGACAGAGCUUAAAGAAAGAGGGGUGGAGGGUGUUCACACGUGGACUCACAUCCACGUUGCUCCGUGCGUUUCCAGUGAAUGCUACCACAUUUGCUACUGUGACUCUAUUUUUAUUGUACAUGCGUGAGGGAGAAGAGUGUAGCAUUCAGGACUCUGAGGUGCAGUCCGGCCAGCUGCAACCACAGACGCAGCCAACAAGCAUGUGAGCCAUUGUGCUGCACAGAGAAUUACUACAGUCAUCAGCAAAUCUAUUUAGCAUUUAUCUAGAUGAAAGUUGCAGCUUAAUACAGGUCUAUGAUCUGCUAACUGGUGUCCAUUAUGAGAAAGGUAGACUGACCCAAGGUACGCCCAUGGAGCUUCAGCCAAGUGACCCGUGUGCAUUAUUUAAAUAAUAUAUAUUUUAAGAUAAAGGUUGCACUUGUAAAUAUGGUAUGGUUAAUAGUCCAUGGUUUUUGUACACUUUGUCUUUAAUGUUGUUCAGGUCAGAGGAUGUUAACCACUGUUCUCCACUAUAAGACCUGCCUAAAUUUAGUAGAUUAUUCACUGAUAGUUAUUGAUUACCAAAAAGUCUACGAAGUUUAGCAUGUUUGUGAACAUGAAUGCAUUUUUUACUGUUACAUUUGACAAAUUUCAAUCGGUAAAAUGAAUGUGAUUUUUAACAUUCAAUUAAAAGAUUUUCAUGGUUUCCAGGUCAAGUGCCCCCCUAACUAUUUACUUCCAUAUAGUGUGAACGCAGCAUCUUUUUAUAAUGUUGACAAAGACAGCGUUUUACCAAUAUCUAGUCAUUUCUUUUUUUAUUAUGAUUGCAUAUGUAGUUAAACUUUCCUAUGAGAAGUCAUAUGAAUUUGAGCCACGGUCUGGAUGCUUUUUAACAUUUUUAAUUGGUGGAAAUAUCUGUUCCGUUUUGCCAUUUGAAUUAUGACAAACAUGGUUCAGAUGCAUAAGAAUGUGUGAUAAAAUAUGUAACUAUAUGAUAAUUGUCCAAAGCCAUUAUGCUGAUUUUAAUUUUUGUUGUGGACAUCGUACAGUGGCCAAAGAAAGCACCUUAUGGUAUGAUGAGUACAUGUACGGUUAGAAACUAUUUUUGGCCAUCAGUUUUCCCUUUGCAAUAGAUUUUUAAAUGUUCUAUUUCCAAGUAGUGCAAUAUUCUGGUACAGUGUCGAGCAAUGAUGGUUAAAAGUAGGCUUUUAAAUUUUGUGUGUCUUGUUUGCACAUGUCAGGGUCCACAGCCUCCGUCACAACAGUUCCGUACACACUGGCCUGCGCCACCUAGAGGCAGAAGAAGUAAUUGGUCUGGCAAUGUUAACGCUUUCAGCUGCAGAUUUACCAUUUUGUAGCUGCUGGUUGCGAGUUUUUAAGAUGGAUAUUUGUAAUGUUGGCACCAAAGUUUGAACCAACCUAUUUUGCAAACCGUUCUCAUUGUCUCUACUUCUUGACUCGGUAAUCUUUGACAAACCAAAUAAAGAUGGGACACAUCUGCUUCCCUCAUUACCCAGGAUAGUCAUUCUAAGACAAGUGGACCCGCAGUGACCUUGAGUAAUUUGACCUCUACGUUACUCAAUUAACAGCUGCCCGAGUUCACAGAUGUUAUACCUUUUCCAGGUUUGAAAAGUAAAUAACAAAUCGAAUUGCGUCCAUGCACCUAAAGAAUGCCUUUUGUAAACCUACUCUUAGUGGACACAAGUAUCAACAUUGCUGGAGCUAAUUUUCCUUCCACACAUUUUCAUGUCUGCCGUUUUUUCUUUUUAAAGAGUGGCAGAUGUUUGACUGGUCUGAAACGGCUUUGGGGUUGCCCAAUGACAUAGUACAUACUGUGAAUUUGGGUUUUGUUUUUAUAUCAUCCUUUCUUUAAUUACCAUUUAUUCUUUCUUUCACGGUUUUAGUUCUGUCUAGAAUUGUCUGACUGUACUGGUGGGUCAUGCAUGUCAUCUUUGUAAAGGGCUGAUUUAACUGUCUAAUGUGCCUUCAUGUUCUGUGCUUGUUUUAUAUACACUAUCUUGCACCAAAGCAGCAAGCACGCUAUGUAGUACUCUGAGAGAAUGGUGAAAUAAAAAUCACAUUGU